AUCUUGUGCGUCGCCGGAGCCAGGCGAGCGGCCCGCGGCGCCGCCCGAGCCCCCGCUGCUCCCGCCGCAGCCGCCGCCGCAGCCAGGGCCGCUGGCUCCCGCCCGGGGGCGGCGGCGGACGGCGGAGGGGAAGAGCUCGGUGCGGACGGGGACCUCCCGCGCGCCCGGCUUCGGCGGCGGCGGCGGCGACCCCUCCUCCCGCCGCUCCUCGCGUCCCUCCCCGCGGGUUUGUGGCGCUGCGCCGGGGGAGGAUGAACGGAGGAUAAAUGGUGCCCAAGGCGGACAGCGGCACCUUCCUCCUCCUCUUCCUCCUGGUGCUGAGCAUCACUGAGCCGCUGCGGCCAGAGCUCCGCUGCACCCCAGGGCAGUUUGCGUGUCGAAGUGGUACCAUCCAGUGCAUCCCUUCAAACUGGCAGUGUGAUGGGUGGCCCACCUGUGAGGAUGAGAGUGAUGAAGUUGACUGUCCAGGCUUGACAGGGGACCAGCGAACUUACCAUGGGAAGGAGAAUGUGGACUCCAGGCACAGUCGAGGGAGAGGAGGAGAGACAACCCGCUUCCACACUGUCAAUGUGGCACAGCCUGUCCGAUUUAGCAGUUUCCUAGGAAAGUGCCCAACAGGGUGGCACCACUACGAGGGCACAGCCAGCUGUUACAGGGUGUAUUUAAAUGGGGAGAACUACUGGGAUGCUGUGCAGACAUGUCAGCGAGUGAAUGGAUCCCUUGCCACCUUCACUGCCGACCAGGAGCUGAGGUUCAUCCUGGCACAGGAGUGGGACUUGGAAGAAAAAACAUUUGUAAGGAAGGACCAGCGUAGGUUCUGGGUUGGGUACCAAUAUGUGAUCACCAAUCGAAAUCACUCUCUAGAAGGUCACUGGGAAGUAGCUUACAAAGGCUCUUCAGAAGUCUUUCUACCCCCUGACCCUAUCUUUGGGACUGCUAUGUCUGAAAAUGAAAACGUUCUUUGUGCCCAGCUUCAGUGUUUCCAUUUUCCUACCCUCCGGCACCACGGUUUGCACAGCUGGUAUGCUGAAAACUGCUAUGAGAAAUCUUCAUUCCUCUGCAAAAGGAGCCAGACUUGCGUUGAUAUCAAAGACAACAUUGUGGAUGAAGGCUACUAUUUCACUCCAAAGGGGAAUGAUCCCUGUUUGAGCUGCACGUGUCACAACGGUGAACCCGAGAUGUGUGUGGCUGCCCUGUGUGAGCGGCCCCAGGGCUGCCAGCAGUACCGCAAGGACCCUAAGGAGUGCUGCAAGUUCACCUGUUUGGACCCAGAUGGCAACAGUUUGUUUGACUCGAUGGCGGGGGGCAUGCGGCUGAUCGUCAGCUGCAUCUCCUCCUUCCUCAUCCUCUCCCUGCUGCUUUUUAUGGUCCAUCGGCUGCGCCAGAGGCGGAGGGAGCGCAUCGAGUCCUUGAUUGGGGCAAACUUGCACCAUUUUAACCUGGGCCGCAGGAUGCCUGGUUUUGACUAUGGUCCUGAUGGUUUUGGAACUGGCCUUACUCCACUGCAUCUCUCAGAUGAUGGGGAAGGUGGGGCAUUUCAUUUCCAUGAUCCACCUCCACCCUACACUGCUUACAAGUAUCCAGAUAUUCAACACCCAGAUGACCCACCUCCUCCUUAUGAGGCUUCUGUCAAUCCAGACAGCAUCCUUUGUUCCACUCCAGAUGGAGUUCUCCCUCAGACUGUGCAAAGCAGUCCUCCAUCACUAGGAAACUGUGAUGUAUCCCCACAGCUUACAGAGGGGUCGCUUCCUCCCUCAGUUGGUCCUUCUCCAGUGGAGCUGGAAGACUCUGCUGACAGCAGCACCUUUCUGGUCCCUCCUGACACACCCCUCAAUGAAAACCCGCCGGCAGAAACUCUGGCAGGCAGCCGGCCCAGCCACUGUUCCCUCAACACCAUCGUGUGAAGGAGUGAAAGACCAACGGCUGGUCAGGAGUAGUUUUAGCAACUGUUUGCACAGACAAACACUUAAUCCAUGGUUUGGACUUCAGAAGGAAUCUCCACUUCUUUUUCUGAACACGGCUUUUAUGUUCUAGGUUUAGGAUUGUGCCUCUCGUUUUUUUGGCUGUCGUUGUUCAUUCACUAAUCGGUUUGUCCUGUAAAUAUGGAUUGCACAGCUGCUCUUUUUUCCUUUGGCUACGGAAAAGAGCGCAGGGAAUUCUUUUGACUUCUAAGGAGGUGAAAAGUAUGGGUAGUUUGUUGUGGUUUUUUUUUUUUCCUUAACCUGAGAGGAAACAAAAUCGAUGUCAGAAAAAAGCUGCUUGGAUUUGACUGGAUACCAUUGGACCCAGGGAAGAGACAAGGGAAAAGGAGGGUGUGAGCAGUCACCAUUCAAUCAGUGGCUUUCUCUUGAUUCAGUGCUACACAUGGAAAAGGGAAGGAAGAUGGAACUGCAGGGGAAGGGGCUGGGGUCUGUUUUACAGAGUGAGAACACUGGGGAGCUAAAACACAUGCCGCCAAGUAAGAGUUACACAGUAAACAACAUUUGUGUGUUUUGAUCUGCCUUGCUACUUCCAAACACUGUAGGGACUGGAGGAUGAAUGAUCUACACAAGGUGUGACAGGUGGCCACUGAGAAAACCAGAAUUUGCAAUUAGGAUUAUUUGCUGUUGGGAGCUGCAAAACCUCAUCUUGUUGGGGAAACUUGUGGCCCAUGAAAAAAACUGGGUCAGUGUAAGGCUUGUGUCCCUUCGGGAGCAUCCUCACAUGUUAGGUGGUUAUGAUCCCAUAAGGAAGACUGAGGGUCUGUAUUUUUUUUUGUAGUUUAACUCCCUUGCAGCAAACAGUUGUACAACACUGGCCUGGAUAAAACACUAUUCUUGCUUUUGUUAUUGCAUGCUGUAUUUAGCAUGUGUGUUCUCUCCCCUCCAUUUCACUUCUUGAUAGUUCCAGAGAUACCAUUUUAAAACAGUGAUCAACAAGCACUAUAUGUGAGGAUUAAUUCUAAUUGGACACUUGUUCCUUAUCUGAGUCCUAUAAAUUGCCAGCCCUCUCCUAGGGCUUUCCCCUGUGCCUCCCAAACCAUUUAUCCAGGUCCCAUGAGGGGUCAAUGAGAUUAGUGUACAUAAAUCAAUAAAAAAGCAGUUUGCUUCAGUCUGGUAUGUCAUCUUAAAUUUCCCUCUCAGAUGGAACUCUUUAAAAUAAGUUAAUUUACUGAUGGCAAAACGAUUCAUUCACUCCCUCACUACACCCAAAGUCAAGCACUGUUGGUUUUGAUAAUGAUUGCAAAACAGUCUUUGCAGGUGAUUUUAAGUUGUUUGGAUUUCAGUGUGCAAAUAAUUUACCUUUUCCCCCAUCCUCUUCUUGCCUCUGCUUCUCCUUGAUUUACUGUAGCAGCAGAUGAGAGGAAUUAUAAGGAAUUUGUAAAGAGUGCCCCUCAUGAGUCUUCUCCUGUUACCUUAUGAAGGGCACAAGCCCAGAGGGACAGGGAGAAAUGGGGGCGUGUACGUGAUCUAUUUUUCUAGUAAUGAUGACAAAUCAUACUCGUAUGACAAAUCCUAACCCACUGUUGUGGUUUCCCAGUGCAGCUGACUCUUUCCCCAAUUAAUAUGCUGCUACUUUCUAUUCUGUCUUUUGCCUGUAGGCUUAUACUGUACUUGGGGAUUGGUCUUGACAAUUCACCUCCUUUUGCACAGAAAACUGUGAGUUUUGUUGUUGAGAUCAGAUCUGGUGUCUUGAUGUUCAGACGCUUGCUGACGAUCUUGAGUCCAGCAGAGAGAGCGAAUCCCAGAGCCGCAGUCACAGCGGUCAGGGUUGGAAGGGACCUCUGAAGAUCAUCUAGUCCAACCCCCCACAGCUCUGGGGUGCGCUGCUGGCAGGAGGGGGGGAGGAAGCAGCAUUGGGAAGCCGCUCCCCCUGGAGCUGUGCCAGUGCCUACAGCCUGCUCUCUGGUUUGACUGGCUCCAACAGCAGUGGGAUGAAACGAGAGGAGCAGUUCUCCACCCUCGGGAUCUCUUGCCAUCUCCUCCUCUGAGCUCAAGCCCUGGUCUAACGCAGUAGAUGGAUAGCAGUAGUCAGAACCUUGCCUGCAAAUGAUUGAGCAUUUCUGAAGUAUGAAAAUAAAGCGGGUUUUGUGCAUUUUUGAGCACAUUCAUACGUUUUAUACAUUGUAUGUACUGAUUUUUCUUUAGUUUUAUAGGUAUGAAUGCGUGUGUGCGUGUGUGUGUUUCUGGGUGGCUAUAUGUGUAUAUAUAUAUAUACACACCCAUACAUACUGUACGUAGAUGGUAACCUUUGUGCUGCAUCCAGCUAGCUGAAGCUAAGCACUGGGGUAUACACUAGGCUCUUAGGGUUAAUACUUCUCUCAAGCUGGCUACACUCUGUUGUAGGACAGGCUGUGAUAGUGUACACUUCAGUAGGAUGCAAAGUCUGUGCUACUAGGAUCUGUUCCUGAAGAAUAUUUUGUUAGCAGUGCAAAAUAGAAACCUCCCAAUUUCUUUUGAAGCCAGAUGGAAUAUUUGUUCUUUGUAGUAUCCUAGCGCAAUAACAAAAGGCCUUUUGGCUUGGUUUGGUCUCUGAAGCUGUGUUUUGUGGCUGAGGUGAACAGAUACCUUACCUCACUCUUCUAAUGUUGUGGGAAUCAGUUUGGUUUGGGUUUUUUUUAAUUCUACAUUUGAUUCUGUGGUGAAUUUUAUUUGAAAAUAAGCUCUUUUACAACUGGCAACUUCAUGGUGGCUCCUGGAUGUAGCUAUUCCAAAUGGAGGCUGCUUUGUAGAAGCCUCAGUGUGAUAUUUUCCCCAUUGCUUCUGAGCCUUUCCCACUUGUAUAUGGGCAUGGAGGCUGCUAUAUUCUCUCUUUUCCCCAUCCUUCUUCAUUUUAACUGUAAACAAGGGAAGUUUUGCCUUGAACAAAGCAGCUCACUAAGUAUGGUUCGUUUACCUCUUGGUGAGCUUCUAAUUUGGCAAUAAAAUUGUAAAUUUUUUCCCUUUUUAACGUGGCUUUUACAUUCAAUACUUUCUCUUGGAGUAAGAGCCUUUGUAGCAGAUGACAUCACAACUACUUCUGGACCAACUGGGGAGAAGUUAAGUUUUCUUGACAGCAGUUGACUCCUCAGCAAACCUUCCUUGCCCUGGGCAAGGUGACUGGUAAGCAGUUUGUCCUGACCACCAAUUACAGAGGGGUGAUGCUUGCCUGAGAAGGACCUUUCUGUUUUGAUUGCCUUUAGAUUGAUGAGAUCUCUGGAGUUACUUUUUGCAUUGGUGUGUUCUUUUUUUUUUUCCCUCACCACCGUUCACUUCUCUGGAUGUUUUUCUUACCUACUGAUGGCAUCCGAAAUGUUCCUCCAGACCCAGCAGGGGAGAUGACAUUGCCACAUCAUUCCCAGCAGCACAUGAGCAGAGAGUGUGUUUCUCUUGGGAUGUUGUCAUGAAGUCACAGCGCUCGGUUCUGUGCAGGGCUCGCACCCCCAGCGUGACCCCAACAGAACUACUCCCCGCAUUCCUCACCCUUAGGUUGUGCUGUGGUGCCAUAUUGAGGCCUCUGCUGUUCCUUCCCCUCUGUCUGUCCUGGUGUUACCGUGCACAGUCUCACAGCAGCCUCUGAUGUUUUCACUCUACUAGUUGCAGAGCGUUGUCAUGUUAGGAGGACGGUGGGUUUCAGUCUGUGCUGGAAAAUCAAAGCUGUCAUUCAGAUCUACAAAGAGCUUGUCUGUGUCAUGUUCAGUCUGGUCUAGGUUUGAGCCUUGGGCUGUUCCUUUACCCAUUCAUGGCUGGACACACAUCUAGAAGAAUGAAGUAGGUGGCAGAUUGUUUCUGAAGGCUUGAUCUGACAGUUGGCGGGUGCUCUGUCUCCACGGAUGUCACUGGUUACACGUCACUUGGGGAGAAAAUGUUUUUGUCAGCAGUAAUUACUGUUCUUUUCGCAUCUAAUGGUAAAUUAAUUUGAAGGUGUUUUUAAAAGACAUUUUUAUAUUUCAGAUGUGGCUUUUCAGUGGCGAAGCAUUGAAGUUUUAAUGUUGCCUCACACAAUUCAUUGUGUGUAGGUUUGGGUUGGGUUUUUUUCAGUUUUUUUCUCCCUUGCUAAGGACCACACAGUAGACAGAAGUGUCUUAAGUUCCACUUGCAAGUUGGGAGCUGGACCCUAAAAGCAGAUUAGGGUAGGGGAGGCAAAUCAAAGUCCAUACAUUUUGCUUCUGAUGGUCCAAAUGAAAUGCACGUGUCUUUGGAACAGACAUUUGGAGCAGUUCAGAUCUGCUUCCCCUGGCACCCGCCCGCGUUACCUGCCUGCUGCAGUACCACAGCUUUCAUUUCCCAGUACUGUGCACCUGGAGGGGUGAGUGGGUUGGAGUUGAUGCCAGCCCAGAGGCCAUGCUUGCAGGCUGCCCUCAGCUUGGGGCUGGCUGGUGCCUGAGAGGCUGUGAGAGAGAACCAGACACUGCUUUUUACCUUCUCCUGGAAAAUCAUUUUAGCCAGCGCUGCAUUUGCAGGCUUCUCCUGUGUAGUUGGUUUGUGACUGGACUUAACUGUGGCAGUGUAUAAAAGAUUUUGAUAUUCUGUGAAAUACCAUGUAGAAUUUAAAUUUGAUACUAUAAGAAUUCAGUCCCUGUGACACUGGUUUUUUUGUUUUAACUUCUUUCUUUGGGGUUGACACUAAUAUUUUUUUUUUUUCUCAAGAUGCUGUGAGAAACAUUUCAUCCAAAUGCCAAAUAAACUGUGUUCUGUAAGAGA